UUGUUAAUGAUACACCAGGGCCUGGCUUCUGAGCCCAAAUGUUCGCGGUUCGACUACGAGGAGAGGCUGCUGGAGAAGAUGGUUCGACUGGAGUGGCAGUUUGGACGGCUCCAGGAGGAGUUGCGAGAGGCACGGGUCGCCCUGGUGGACGGGCGGACAAAGGCGGACAGUACGCUGCAGGGGCACAUUGAACGCCUCGUGGGCGCGGAGAAGAUGCCGCGGAUCAGUGUGUCUGAGAGCGAGAGGAAGAUGGAGAAAGUGAUUCUUAAUGUUACUGAAACAGCGAACAAGGCACUUCUCAAACUGGACAAGAACAUUGACAACCAAAAAAGCGCGGUAGUUGUGUUUCGAGCACGCAGUCCAUCGAAUACUGUCGUUGCCGAGAAGAAUAUCGUUGUUUUCUCGGAAGUCAUCCUCAAUAUAGGCGCCGGCUACGCGCCUUCUACAGGAACGUUCACGUCUCCAACUUCCGGUUUAUACAUGUUCACAGUCCAGCUUUGUGUUGAGAAGGAUAAGAGUAUGUAUUUUGAGCUAAUCAAUGGUGGCAUAGACCGCCUCCAGAUAUAACGAAUCUACAAUGCCGGCUCGAACCAGUGUAACACGGCUGACGCCUUUGUCAUGCUGGCAAUGAACGAAACGGUUGCCGUCCAGGCUACAUCGGGCCACUCCAUUAAUAUUCAGAAUGGCGACACAAUGUUAUGGAACACGUUCGCAGGAGUUCUUUUGCAUCAGAGUUAAUCUGCAAACAAUUUGCCGUGAAAUUACUUUUUAAAAUAAUAUUAUCGAUUCGUAAUUAUACAAACAUUUAUUUGCUGACCAUAAAUGAAUUAUAUCGUGUUAGUACAACUAUAGUUUGAUAAAGUGUCGGGUUAUGACUUGACAGUGCUGUACAUUUAAUUUUACCAACGCCUUUUGCUUUUGCAGUACCAAUAAA